AUGGAAGGACUUCAUGCUAGCAAAAUACUGCAGAAGAGUGCAUCCUGUGGUCUCACAAAUAGUUGGAAGGCUUUAUGUGAGAUCAAACAAAAAGUGGAGAAAAAUAUUAUCUGGCUCCCUAGAGAAGAAAAAUUAUCUUUCUGGUACAAUGACUGGACAAAGAAAGAUCCCCUUUACAAACACCUGCCAAGUGAUGUCAAGCCAAGGGAUGUACUGCUAAGAGAUGUAUUAGAAGAAAACAGUUGGCAAUAUGAAAAAAUAGAGGAUGAGAUCCCAUAUUCCGUUAAGAAUAUAGUUGACCAACAACACUUGAUUUUAUUACUAGGAGUUCCUGAAAAGGUAAUAUGGACAACAAACUCAACUGGAGUAUUCUCAGUGGCCUCGGCAUGGAAUUGUCUAAGACAGAGGAAAAAUCAACUGUCCAUUUUUACCAAAAUAUGGAACAAACAUGUCCCACUCAAAAUGGCAUUCAUGAGUUGGACGGGCCUAAUGGAUAGAGUUCCAACUGAUGAGAAGAUCGCUAAGAUUGGCUACAAUCGUUAUGCCAUAUGCUAUUGCUGUUACCCACACUCAAUAGAGCUAAAAACAGCUGAACAUUUAUUUUGUUCAGGAAGCUUUGCCCAGGUAGUGUGGAAAAGAUUUGCAGGACCUUGUGGCAUUUUAAUGGACGGGAUGCAACUCAUGCAAGUAGUGCACAACUGGUGGAAUCACAAAACUACUAACAUAAUUGCAUCUUUUAUGGUGAAAUUAUUGCUAGCCCUGAUAAUUUGGAAAUUGUGGAGGUCUAGAUGUGCAUACAGAUAUGAAAACGGGACUCCCUUAGUUUGUAGGUCUGAAAGUUUGAUUUCCAACAAACUAUCCAAUUUGACUGGUCAAAAGUUUGGAAAAGUAAAGUUGAAGACAUCUUGGAAUCAAAUACAAAAGAUGCUCGACCAACGAAUACGAUUCAAGACAUACAGACUAGUCAAGUGGGUCAAACCACCAAUAAGUUUUGCCAAGCUCAAUAGCGAUGGGAGUUGUGUAGAAGGCAACUGUAGUAUGGGGGGAGUUAUUAGAUACGACCCAGGCAACUUCAUCUUAGCUUACUCAAGCUUCACAGGGACAGACACUAAGAACUCAGCUACUCCAUGGAGAAUUGCACAAGAGAUCGAAGAGAUCAAGAAGCUAGUGCACGAAGAGAAUGUUGGAGCGCAACAUUGUUUCAAAUAA